GAGUUAAUCCGUGAAGUAGAACCAUGGCGUUAAGCUCGGGGACGGGGCCAACUGGUCAUAUGUUAUGCAUCUACCCACGGAUUGAGAACUGAAAUACUCACAUCUAUUACGAACCUAGCUACGCUGGUCGGUUGUCACGUGUGUGCUGGAUGUGUUCCAGGUGAUUGGUUCGAGGUGGGCUGCUGUGUGGUAUCCAGGUCUUCUGUCGGCGGCCACCUUCCGGGAACAGCGUCUCCGGGGAACGCUGUUUGUGAGCAGCCAUCAGUUGGAGGGAACACUGGAGGGACUGUACGUCAGUGUGUACAAGAUGAUGGUUCCCGUGCAGUGUAUCGGUCAGCUCUGUGAGUGUCACGUGGUAUGAAGGCAAUGGAUGGGGUGAAGACCUAUUACUUCCCGAACAUCACCACCACUGCUGUCCCGAGAGUCGCCUCUAUACGUCCAGCCGUGACCACGGUCAGCUCGUGCGUCAUCGAUACCCCCCGCGAUGACGGUCAGAGACAACGAGAGACCCUUUGGUCAUUCCAGAAACAACACCGGGGAGUGAAAGGUCAAGGAGACACCCUCCCCAACAUUCCCUUCCGGUUGAGGUCAACUGAGAUUGAAAGUCAAGGAGACGUUAAUUUUCUGGAUAGUUUCAUGAGUGGGACAUUCACGGACGGUUCGCUGAUGCGACAGUUGACCCGAACCCGGACUAACCUACAAACAAGGGACGCAAUACCGUCACUGAAGGGCGAGGUGGGGGUGUUCGGAAAGGGAAUAAACAUUCCAUUGACCAAAUCUCUGAGAUUAUGCUCGAGAGAAAAGCGCAAAGGUCGACACCAUAGUUCAGGCUUCACCACAGAGAGGCUUCCACGCAUGUCAGGUCAGAACGAGUCUUGUGACGGAAUCAAAAAGACGUCCUCCGAAAUGGACGUUCGUCAGGAGAUCCCAGGCAGGCCGCCGUCGAAUAUCAGUGAUGGGGACAGUAGUUCACUGGUGGACGUUAACUCGGACAAUAUUGGCCACACGACUCACUGCUCGACAGACACCCGCCGGACACUCGCCGACAUCCUCAACCGCCACGACAACUCCCGCUAUCAGGAUCUCAGCCGGAAGGCUUUAGAGGGCUCCUCCUUCAGUCAAACAGUCCCGACAAGUGUUUCUAAUUCCGGACCCAAUAAACAAUGGAUAAACAAAUUUGAAAUGAAAAUUGUUGAUGGUGAUGCGUAUGACAACUUCGCCAGGACCCGCAAGCCCGACAGUGAUAAGGACACGACAAAGGGGGACUCGAAAUCAGUUAAACGACCUUACAAUCAGCGAUCUUCUGACCUUGAGCUGUUGAAGCCGUCAGAGGUAAACUGUAAUACUGUUACUCAGAAAGACGGAAGCCCAGUCCGUAAAAUAGCUGUUGCUACGAGCAAAACAACCAAACAUACAAAGCUUAGAUUAUCCCUGUCAAACAGUAGAUCCAUUGAAUAAAAGCUUUCAUUGCUGCAGUUCAACAAAAAUAUGUGAAUUGUUUACAAUCUGGGUAUCGGCUUGGACUAUGUCUUAGU